GCUCAAACAAUCAAGAGUUUGGGUUUUUCUCCCACCAGUCCCCUGUCACUGGCCAAUAAGGGGAGAGGAGUGGAGAGUCUCUCCACUGCCCCCAAUCUCUCAAGUCUCUUCUGUUACUGUCUCUGCUUCAAAGCACAGAGGACUUUUCACAUACAUUUGGCAGACUUGAUUGCUGAAACUGUUGUUUCUUUCUGGGUUAUGGACAAUAAAAUCCCACAUGGAAGUUACUUCCAGUACUCCCCAACAACAGGAAUCCAUGGUUCCCUUCACAGGUCUUCCUCUCUCCCCUUAGAUCAUGAAAGGUACUUGAAGGAAUUGUUGGCGGAGAGGCAAAAAUUGGGGCCAUUUAUCCAAGUUAUUCCAGUAUGCGGCAGGCUUCUAAAUCAAGAAAUCAUGCGGACAUCAAGAUUGAUAUCCACCCAAAAUUUUGUUGAUCAUGAAAGAAUCGGGCAUGAACAUCUAUUUAGGUCACUAGGUCAACAAGCAAAUGGUGGACCAAUGGAUUUGGACAGGUGGUCUGCAGUGCACACACAGGAAAAUGAACUUCUCAAAAGAAUCACCCCGUCUCAAGGUUCCCAUAUGGGUUGGCACAGGGCACCUGGAAUCCCAACCACUCCUAUUGUGAAGAGAGUUAUUAGACUUGAUGUUCCAGUGGACAAAUUCCCAAAUUAUAAUUUUGUUGGCCGACUUCUGGGACCACGUGGGAACUCUCUGAAAAGGGUUGAAGCAAUGACAGAAUGUAGAGUAUAUAUAAGAGGUCAGGGCUCGGUGAAGGACUCUAUUAAGGAAGAAAAAUUAAAAGAUAAACCCGGAUAUGAGCACCUUAAUGAGCCGCUACACUUGUUGGUGGAGGCCGAAUUUCCCGAGGAUAUAGUAGAUUCUCGAUUGGAUCAUGCAAUUGCAAUACUGGAAAACCUUUUGAAGCCUGUGGAUGAAUCUUUGGAUAACUAUAAGAAGCAACAACUAAGAGAAUUGGCUAUGCUGAAUGGUACACUGAGGGAAGAAAGCCCAAGCAUGAGUAGUCCAACUAUGAGCCCAAGCAUGUCUCCUUUUGACAGUACAGGACUGAAACGAGCCAAGACAGGACGAUAAUGCCCAUAGAUGAAGAUUAAGAUUUUUUUUAAUUGUUUGAUGAUGAGUAUCUGAUUGAUUGCUUGAUUGUCAACUCUGACAAAUAAUGUGAAUAAGGCCCUUCACAUGCCAAAAAUUACCAAAUGGUUAGUUACUUUACGCCCACGCCCACAUUUACUUCAUGUAUUUCCUGAUAGCAACACUAGGCAUGUAAUUUUUAUAAUAUUUUGCAGAUUAUUCAAGAAAAUGACUUUAGAUAA